CCAUCCGUCCCAUAACUUCUCAAACCACCAAAGCCUACGGCUACUACAUUACAUUCUUUUUUUCUUUCCCAAAUGGGUUCCAUCUUUUCACCCUUAACCAGUAUCUUGCUCCUACUCAUACUACUUUGGGGUGGCGAGGCACGUGACCCUUUUGCUUGUGACCCUAAGAACACCGCCACAAAAAACUUACCAUUUUGCAAGGCUUGGUUGGCAACAGGGGCAAGGGUGAAGGAUCUAAUUGGAAGGUUAACACUGCAAGAAAAAGUUAACUUGCUAGUGAACAAUGCCGCGGCAGUGCCACGGCUUGGUAUCAAAGGGUAUGAGUGGUGGUCGGAGGCACUACAUGGGGUCUCAAAUGUGGGCCCCGGAACAAAGUUCGGUGGCCAGUUCCCUGCCGCCACUAGCUUCCCUCAAGUCAUCACCACCGCUGCUUCUUUCAAUGCUUCUUUGUGGGAAGCAAUCGGACGGGUUGCCUCGGACGAAGCACGAGCAAUGUACAAUGGUGGAACGGCUGGGCUGACAUACUGGAGCCCAAACGUGAACAUUUUUAGGGACCCACGGUGGGGCCGUGGACAGGAGACUCCCGGUGAGGACCCAAUACUAGCCGGUAAAUAUGCAGCCAGUUACGUAAGAGGGCUACAGGAAACGGACGGUAACCGGUUGAAGGUGGCUGCCUCUUGCAAACACUUUACGGCUUAUGACCUUGAUAAUUGGAACGGUGUGGAUCGCUUUCACUUUAAUGCACAGGUUAGCAAGCAGGACAUUGAGGACACGUUCAAUGUUCCAUUCAGAAUGUGCGUGAAGGAAGGCAAAGUGGCAAGUGUGAUGUGUUCUUACAAUCAGGUUAACGGUGUUCCUACCUGUGCGGACCCCAUCCUCCUAAAGAGAACAGUUCGUGGCCAAUGGGGUCUCAAUGGGUACAUUGUAUCAGAUUGUGACUCUGUUGGGGUGUUUUACAAUAGCCAACAUUACACAUCUACUCCAGAAGAAGCUGCUGCUGAUGCCAUUAAAGCAGGUUUGGAUUUGGAUUGUGGGCCUUUUCUAGGACAACAUACGCAAAAUGCUGUGAAGAAAGGCCUCAUAAGCGAAACUGAUGUGAAUGGGGCUUUAUUGAACACAUUAACAGUCCAAAUGAGGUUAGGGAUGUAUGAUGGUGAGCCAUCAAGUCAUCCAUAUGGCAAACUUGGUCCAAGAGAUGUGUGCACCCCAAGUCACCAAGAGCUUGCCCUUGAAGCCGCAAGACAAGGGAUUGUGCUUCUUAAAAACAAAGGUCCUUCUUUGCCUCUCUCCACUAGGCGUCACCCCACGGUGGCUGUUAUUGGGCCCAAUUCUAAUGUCACUGUCACAAUGAUUGGCAACUAUGCUGGUAUUGCUUGUGGAUAUACAAGCCCCUUAGAAGGAAUAGGAAGAUACACCAAGACUAUUCACGAGCUGGGCUGUGCAAAUGUGGCUUGCACUAAUGACAAGCAAUUCGGGAGAGCUAUAAAUGUAGCCCAACAAGCAGAUGCAACUGUGCUAGUGAUGGGCCUGGACCAGUCCAUUGAGGCUGAAACUGUGGACCGGGCUGGCCUGCUUCUUCCUGGGCGUCAACAAGACCUUGUGUCGAAAGUAGCAGCUGCCUCCAAGGGCCCAACAAUUUUGGUCAUAAUGUCUGGUGGGCCUGUGGAUAUAACAUUUGCAAAGAAUAACCCUAGAAUCCAAGCUAUCUUGUGGGCCGGUUAUCCCGGACAAGCUGGUGGUGCCGCUAUAGCAGAUAUCUUGUUUGGAACAUCUAACCCUGGAGGCAAGUUGCCUAUGACAUGGUACCCACAAGGGUACAUUAAAAACUUGCCAAUGACAAAUAUGGCAAUGAGAGCAAGCCGAAGCAAAGGGUACCCUGGAAGAACCUACCGAUUUUACAAUGGCCCAGUGGUGUAUCCAUUUGGUUACGGAUUGUCUUACACACACUUUGUUCAUACAUUAGCUAGCGCACCCAAAUUGGUCUCAAUUCCAGUGGAUGGGCACCGCCACGGCAACAGCUCCAGCAUCGCCAACAAGGCAAUUAAAGUGACACAUGCACGAUGUGGCAAGCUUUCCAUUAGCCUUCAAGUGGAUGUUAAAAAUGUUGGUUCCAAAGAUGGCACUCACACUUUGUUAGUGUUCUCCGCACCACCUGCGGGUAAUGGCCAUUGGGCUCCACACAAGCAACUAGUGGCAUUUCAGAAACUUCAUAUUCCUUCCAAGGCCCAACAACGAGUGAAUGUCAACAUUCAUGUUUGUAAGCUAUUGAGCGUGGUUGACCGGUCUGGUACUAGGAGAGUUCCAAUGGGUUUGCACAGUCUUCACAUUGGUGAUGUUAAACACUACGUCUCUCUUCAGGCAGAAACACUUGGAAUUAUCAAGUCCUGAAUUUUUGGGACAUCACCCACCAAUCAUAUUCAUGGCAUUUGAUUCCUUGCCUUUUUUUCCCCCCCAGCAAAAUAUACAUAUAUAGUACCUGCUAAAUAACCUCAACCUCUACGUAAGUGUAUGAUACAUAGAUAGAUUAAAUGUAUGCUUAUUGCCAGGGACAUUUGAAGUUUGACCUCUAAACUUCCUACAUGGUGCCUUGGUUCUAAGGAACCGUUGAUUCAAGCCCAAUUGUUGAUUUGUCAUGACUCCCAAGACAGGACAUGUUAGAUUGAUUCCUCAAACACAGCCAAUAAAGUAAUAGGAUUGGUUGUCAUUUUUGGAGAAGAGAUUAGGGAAAUUUAUUGUUCUCUCUCCGAUUCAUUUCUACUUUGUUUGCCAUUCUUUUUGCUUGUACUUUUAUUAAUACGAGACAUUAGUGUAAUUGUAAGAUUGGUAAUAAGAAUGAGCUUUUUCACCAUGA